ACAAAUGCAAGAACUCGGACUUUUCCGACGAGGCUCGGUCAAUUACCCAAAAAUGGCAAUUCUUCCCAAGCCUCAUAUCGAGGGCAUCCAAAGUGUGACGACCUUCAAGGUGACCGAACCCCGGGUGACCCAACGGGUCGACCCGGGCCCGCUCAGCUCGUUCCAGAGGUGCUUCAACACGGUCCUCUACUUCAAGAGAGUGGAGGGGGAUGAUUUCUCCGGUUGGGAUUUGGCGGGGUGGAUCAAGGACUCGCUUGGCAAGGCCUUUGUGGAGGAGCCAACCAUUUGUGGGCGGCUGCGGAGGCCCGAGGAGGGUAGUGAGUUCGAGAUCGUGUCGAAUGACAGUGGGGCACGGCUCAUCGAGGCCAGGAUUGGGAUCGGCUUGGAGGAGUUUUUGGAGUCAGAAGGGAGGGAGGAGGCCGAGGCUGAGCUUGUGUAUUGGAAAGACAUCGAUGAGCAAAAUCCUCAGUUCUGUCCACUCUUCUACAUUCAGGUGACAAACUUCCAAUGUGGUGGGUACUCAAUUGGGAUCAGCUGCAGCCUUCUAUUGGCAGAUCCUCCAUUCAUCAGCAGCUUCCUGAAGAAAUGGGCAGCCAUCCACAGCAGUCUGGUCUCCGAGAUGGACCCACAGGUGAAGAAGCCCAUCUUUUACCUCCACAGCGUCAGAAACAUUAACCCCUCAUCGCCGAGCCCUCUUGGGCCGAGCCCGUGCAAGAACUCGGCCCGAACCGUCAUCUUCAAGUCAGUUGACCGGACCGUGAACUUGGACAAGAAGUCGCUUGCACUCCUCUGCGCUGAGGUUGCCGAGAAGGUGAUGGAUGCCAAGCUGGGAUCGAAGGUAUCACUGCUGGUGAGAGAGAAGUCGGGCGAAGUAAAGGUGGAAAUUUUUUCCAGAAACAAUGGGAGCCCUCAGCUCCGGUUAGGCCCAAAAGGGCAACCGAGUCCGGUGAGCUGGGAGAGCUUUGAGGCAGGUGAGGUCGCGUUUCGGAAAGGGAAUUUCCCAGUUCUUGUUUCGCAAUGGAUCGGGACUUCGGACGGGUUUGUGAUGAUAACACCCUAUGGCGGCGAGGAUGAACAUUGGGCCUAUGUCUUGGUCACCCUGUGAUCACAAGGAGUCGCGGUAGCGCAUCACUGUUCCAAAACCUACCCGUAAACCUCUCUCUCUCUCUCUCUCUCUGCUCAUGUCUGCUAAGCCCAUGGACAAACCCAGCUAGCAUUUACCCGUGUGAGAGUGCGAGAGAGCUGAGCUCAAGAAGAC